UCUAUACUUUGUAAUGACACACCACAUCUGAUAUACACAAUUACGGGACACGCACGCUGCCGUAGUACCAUUUAUAAAUAUAUUAACACGGUCCACUGACGGAAUAUGAGACCGUUGUCCAUAUAUUUCUGACCGGAUAAAAUUUCCUAGUUUCGUGACAAACUUUCGACAUUUCAUUAUGGCGGGGCUUCGAAUGACGCCAUCGUUUGUAGAUACGUUUAUUUGACAUUUGCUGUUGCGAAUAGUAAUGUUAUGAUAAUAAACUCGUGGUACUUGUAUAGUACACACUGUUUAAAACAGUUCUAACACUAACAAACAGUUCGAAUCGAAAACAGUUUCUCGGCUAAAAAAGGACAUUAAGUAAAAAGCAAGUCAUCGAGUCAAAAACAAUUCGACUGAAUAGCGGGUCCUCGAGUCAAAAAGUUAUCGGCUCAAACAUUUCUUUGACUUAAAAAGCAAGUCAUAGAGUCAAACACAAAUCCCCAAGUCGAAAACAAGUCACCGACUCGAAAACAAGUCAACGAGUUUUCACUAAUGUCAUAUAUUUGUUUUGCUAGGCUGACGAGAUAAGAAGGAAAGCUAGAGGAACUAAACAGCGCAUGAGCAGGACAGACCGUUUACUUGGAAGACAGAAAUGGAUCGGGAGGAGAAAGAAGAAAAAGAAGAUCGCCAAACCCAAGGGUUUCAUUGAUUUCAAACCAAAGGUGCUUGAACCCCGAACUCGAACCCAGGCAGCGGGUAAGAAGCCGACUUACGACCGUAAUGCAGCUUAUGAUCGAGAACUCACGCGCGAAGAAUGUCGGAAGGCGCUCAAGCGACGGGAGCGUUUGCGCCAAACAGCGCGGCGGAUUUGCCGUCGAAUGAGUGAAAAGCAAGAGAAGUUGGCUCAAGAGAGACGUUUGUCUACAGAGGAGGCCGCUACGAACAAGGAUUCUUCUGAAUCUGGGAAGGUUGCCGGGGAAAAUGGAAAUAAGGAAUCGGAGACGGACCAUUCCGGGAUGUGGGAAAUCGGGGACACCAGUUCGGCGUUAAGACAAACUCUCCGAAGCGGAAAGAGUAAAGGGGGUCUGAUGAUGACACUCCUGUUCAAACCGAAACACCUACGGUUUGGGUGCAGACAUAGUCCAAGACGCGGUGGGUACCAACUUCGAACCACCACGCUCAGGGACGCCAACGGCGCUCGCUCAAAACGCCUUGAACUCGAUAAUAAGCUCGAGGGUGCAAGGCGCAGAGGACAGGCAGCAAGGCGGAAAUUGAACGAUCAACGCCGACAGCACAGCACAGAGCAACAGGUGGGUAAUAUAGCAGGAAGUCAACAAAAUAUUAAAUUGAUUGAUGCAUAAAUUUAUUGAGUCUUG